GCGGCGGCGGGGGCAGCCAUGUCGCCUUUGUCCGCGGCGCGGGCGGCCCUGCGGGUGUACGCGGUGGGCGCGGCGCUGAUCCUGGCGCAGCUGCUGCGCCGCUGCGUCCGGGGCUUCGUGGAGCCAGUCUUCUCCCCGCAACCCGACCGUGUUGCCAUAGUGACCGGAGGGACCGAUGGCAUUGGAUACUCGACCGCAAAGCAGCUGGCGAAGCUGGGCAUGCACGUUAUCAUAGCCGGAAAUAGCGACAGCAAAGCCCAGGAGGUCGUGAGGAGGAUAAAAGAGGACACGCUCAACGACCAAGUGGAAUUUCUGUACUGCGACCUGGCAUCCAUGAAGUCUAUCCGGCAGUUUGUCCAGACAUUCAAGAUGAAGAAACUCCCCCUCCACAUCCUGGUGAAUAACGCCGGCGUGAUGAUGGUGCCUCAGAGGGCCACGGACGACGGCUUUGAGGAGCACUUCGGCGUCAACUACCUGGGCCACUUUCUGCUGACCAACCUCCUCCUGGACACCCUGCGGGGGUCGGGCGCCCCCGGCCGCCGCUCCAGGGUGGUGACCGUGUCCUCGGCCACGCACUACGUGGGGGAGCUGAACCUGGACGACCUCCAGAGCAGAACCGGCUACUCAGCGCACGCGGCCUACGCCCAGAGCAAGCUGGCCCUGGUGCUCUUCACCUACCACCUGCAGGCGCUGCUGACGGCCCGGGGCGCCCCCGUGACCGCCAACGUGGCCGACCCCGGCGUGGUGGACACCGACCUCUACAGACACGUCUUCUGGGGCACCCGCCUCGUCAAGAAGCUCCUGGGCUGGUGGGUCUUCAAGACCCUGGACGAGGGAGCCUGGACCUCCGUCUACGCCGCGGUCAGCCCGGCGCUGGAAGGUGUCGGUGGCUGCUAUCUCUACAACGAGAGGGAGACCCGGUCUCUGGAGGCCACGUACGACCCGGAGCUUCAACGGCAGCUCUGGGCCAGAAGCUGCCAGCUGACGGGCAUCGCCGAUGUGACCCAGGAGACCUUCGGCAAGUAGCAGCCCGCCGGGAAGACCGUGGUCCGAUGGGGAACACCACGGUCAGCGCUGUGCUUGCAGGUCUGUGCUGGACCAUGUCUCUCCAUCACCCCCAUCCCCCCGACCCUCCGGGCUCUGUAUCCCCCCAGGGUCUCCCAUCAGGACCCGGGCGGCAACUCAUGAGAAAGAGGGAACGCAGAGUGGACCUCUGAGCUGGUGGGGUCCUCAGCCAUGAAUCCUGUGAUUCUCCCUAAAUGUCCAAUUGUACCGGGUGCUCUGAGUCAUUAAAUCCUGCAAGCCUUA